AACGACAAUAAUUACCCCUCACAAGGUAGAUACUAUUAACUACACUUGACAGACAAGAAAAGUGAGGCUCUGAGAGGUUGCGUAACUUGCCUAAGAUUACGGAGCUGAGGGGUGGGUCACCAGGGUUUGGUGUUGGCAGUCUGGAACCAAAAUGCAUCCUUUUUUUCUCUCAGUUGGACCACCCAUUUAUUCAACAAGUCUUUGUUGUAAACACCUGUUUGGAUCAGGCUAUACCAGGAGCUGAGGAUACAGCAGCUAUACAGCUGAGGAUAAAACGAAUCUCUUUUCACAGGGAGUUUUCAUUCUAGUGGCAACAUCUUCCCUAGGCAGAGUUUCUAAGGAAGGACGCAGGCUGGAAAUGGCCUGAAGUUCAGCUCUCCCCCAAGUGGCAGUGUCCCUACCAGCAAUGAGUGUGGGCGGUGGGAAGAGCACUGGGCAGGAAGCAGAUAUGGGUACACCCCAAUGCCACCAGCAAGUUGUGAUUUAUUACCCCUCUCAGUGCCUCCUCUGUCAUUUCUGUGCAGGAAUGGGGUGGAACUACAUACUAAGCUCCCUGGACCAGCCCCAUUGGCAGCACCUGUGAGCUUGUUAGAGAUGCAGAAUCUCAGACUCCACCCCAGAUCUACAGGAUCAGAACCCACAUUUUAAUAAGAUCUCACACUUUAAUAAGGUGGCUUGUUUGAGAGGCUCUGGUCGGGGUUCUCUCCUCUUACCUUUUGCCAUUUCAAUAGCUUCUGGCUAGGAACAGCCACUCGCCAGUAGAGGGCGUGGUAGGAAGGGCUUUCACCUGUCCCCUGAGGCUGCAUCUGUACUGAGGUUGUCUCCUCUCUGUACCCUCCCUCCCAGACCUAUACUGGCAAGUCCACUGACUUCUGGGAUCAUUGGCUACUCCCUCACCUUGGCUGGACUUUGGCAACAAACGGACAGGCUGCCCCAUUCUUCUAUAGGGUGGCUGGGAGGCAGGACUCUGCCAGGAAGCACCAGGCCACUCCUGCCCGAUUCCCCGCCCACCUGCAGUUGUCUGCUGGCCUGGUGACAGGGUCUGGCUGACCUCUGUUUCUCAGAGAAGAGACUUCUUUUCCUGGGGAAGCCGGCAGCCUUUGGGAGCACCUGCAUGGUAAGGGUUGCAGGUGAGCUGGCAGCAUCGAGUGACCAGGCUGAUGUGCUCCCAUGAGAGUUCCUUCCAAUUGGCCCAGUUCCUGCUGUUGGUGGGAGUUCCGGUGGCAAGUGUCCUCCUUCUGGUCCAGUGCCUUCGAUGGCACUGUCCUCGCUGGCUGCCGCGGGGCCGUUGGAAGCUGGAUAGCCAAGAAGAGCCAGUAUCUGAUCCUUCUCCCUUACCAGAAAAUGAGUCCCCAAGGCAGUGCCUGCCUGCUACCCUACCGGAGAUGGUUGCCUUCUACCAGGAACUGCACACGCCCACCCAGGGCCAGACCAUUGUCCGUCAGCUGAUGCACAAGCUGUUGGUGUUUUCGGCUCGAGAGGUGGAUCACCGUGGAGGCUGCUUGAUACUCCGGGAUAUGGGCAUCUCUCUGCUCAUUCCACCAGGUGCUGUGGCAGUGGGCCGCCAGGAGCGGGUGUCACUGAUUCUGGUGUGGGACUUGUCGGACGCCCCAUCAUUGUCCAAAGCCCAAGCGCUAGUGAGCCCCGUGGUGGCAUGUGGCCCCCACGGGGCCUCCUUCCUGAAACCCUGCACUCUCACGUUCAAGCACUGUGCCCAGCAAUCCAGCCAUGCCUGCGCCUACAGCAGCAACACAAACCUGCUCGAUGUCAAGGCCUGGAAGCCCCUGGGGCAGUCAGGGGGUCACACCUCCCUGGAUGAGUGUCGCAUCCACCUCUCCCACUUCAGCCUCUACACCUGUGUGCUGGAGGCACCGGUGGGCCGCGAAGCUCGCAAAUGGCUGCAGCUGGCGGUUUUCUGCUCGCCGCUGGCGCCGGGGCAGUCCCACCUGCAGCUGCGAGUCUACUUCCUCAACAACACGCCCUGCGCCCUGCAGUGGGCUCUGACCAACGAGCAGCCCCACGGUGGGCGCCUGCGUGGGCCCUGCCAGCUCUUCGACUUCACUGGGGCCCGAGGGGACCAGUGCUUGAAGCUCAAGUACAUCUCUGAGGGUUGGGAGAAUGUGGAUGACAGCAGUUGUCAGCUGGUUCCCCAUCUCCACAUCUGGCAUGGAAAGUGCCCCUUCCGCUCCUUCUGCUUCCGGAGAAAAGCAGCCAAUGAGAACGAGGACUGCUCAGCACUAACCAAUGAGAUCAUUGUCACCAUGCACACCUUCCAGGAUGGCUUGGAGACCAAGUACAUGGAAAUCCUCAGAUUCCAGGCAUCAGAGGAAGAAGCUUGGGCAGCGCCGCCCCCUGUCUCCCAGCCGCCCCCAUGCAAUAGGCUGCCCCCUGAGCUCUUUGAGCAGCUGCAAAUGUUGCUGGAGCCAAGCAGCAUCACUGGCAAUGACUGGCGUCGACUGGCCUCCCACCUGGGGCUCUGUGGCAUGAAGAUCCGAUUCCUGUCGUGCCAGCGCAGCCCUGCUGCAGCCAUUCUGGAGCUGUUUGAAGAGCAGAAUGGCAGUCUGCAGGAGCUGCACUACCUCAUGACCCUCAUGGAGCGGUUGGACUGCGCCUCCGUCAUCCAGAACUACCUGAGCGGGUCGCACGGCGGCAGCCCAGGCCCGGUAGUACGUGGGGGCUCCUGGGAGAACCGGGGCCUGGAGCUGGAGCUGGAGCUGGACGAGAAGCUCUGAGCGCCCCGUUCGGGUAGGGCAAGAUGGGGUGCGGUCGGCAGCACUCUGGGCACUGGGAGGCCGUGGGGUGUGCCCAGACACCUAGGAAGAACAUAGAAGCUGUUUCUUGCUGCGCCCACCAACUUUAUCAGAACCCUUGGAAGGUGCCUGGGGCCACCGCGAGGCUGGAGUGCCACUGUCAGCCUCCUUGGGUCAGGACCACCUUUGCGACCUGCUUUGUCCUCCUGCAGAUCCCCUCCUGGACAGCAGGGGGCGCAGGAGCCCAGGAGAUGGACCAGCGUGGCCAAACUGCAGAACGCUAUUUACCAAUGGACUGUGAGGUUGCCCUGUUGGCGCUCCUUAGGGACUGGUCAGUACACAGGUAUUCACUGAGCACUUAGUGAUAACUAGUAUUGGACUGGGUAUCAUGGGGAAUCCUGGAACAUAUGAGAGAAUUUGGAGGCUUGACAAACCCACAGUUCUCCUGUGGGAGUCAAGAUAUGCUCAGAUGAGCUGAGGACCAACUCUAAAACAACACAUAUCCUGUGGUUAGGGGAUGUGGGUGUGGUAUGAACUGUACUGCUUUAGGAAUUGAGGAGAGAGGGAGCUGAGUAUGGGCUGGAGCUGUGAGAAAGCUUCAUGGAGGAUGUUGGAGGGAGGAUUUGGACACGCAAAGACUGGUUCAGAGAUCUUUAGAUGAGGGUAGAGGGAGAUGGUUGGUUGGAGCCGUGGUAGGAGCCAAGAGUGAGUAUGGAGCGCUGAGGCAAUAAGGAGCCCGGUUUGCGGGGUGUGAGGCGAGGAUAGCACAAGGGUUCAAGGCCAGAUCUAAAGAUGGGCAGUCGUACCUGGCUGUCUACCUGUCUCCUUUGCCUUCCUUUGUCUCUUUAUUCUCCUUGCCUUUGUCUUCCUUUCUCUGCCAUAAAGUCUGCUAUAAAACAUCAGAGCUGAAAAGAAACCAUUUUUGCCCAACCUUUUUUUAUCUCUUUAUCUUAAACUGUGAGUUUUAAGUCCCUCUGACUUCAUUUGGCUGUCACUAUCUCCUGCAAUCUUCCAUCCCUGAAUCUGUCUCUUUGUUACUCUACAUUUUAGCAUGGUUUUGUCUCUACCUCAUACUGUGCCUGCAUUUGUGUGUUUCUUUCUCUGAAACCCUCAGUCAUUCCCCUCAGGCAGGUGUCUCUAAACCAAUGUUAUGUAUCAAAGGCUAUUGAAAGACACUGAGCUACCCUAGGAAUGGAUGGGUGGGGAUUUUACCCUAUAAAUCAAGAUCCAGUUUAGGGUCAGGAAAUAUAGGAUAGGGAUUAAAGAACACCCCAAUCAGUCAAGAAAUAUUUGUUUAGCUCCUACUAUGUGUUAGAUACUGUGUAGAGAAGAGAUUAAUAGCUGGGUCCUGAAAAGAGAGCAAAUGGUUUGAUUCAACUCUAGCAAUUCUUUUGUUUGCAAACAGGUGUUAGUUUUUUCAAGGGCAGGUGAACAAUCUCUCUGAAAACACUAAAUAAUUUGCUUCUGUAUUUAAUUAAAAACAUUAAG